ACUAGCUCUUAUAAACCUUUAGAUAAAUCAAAACAUUCAUCAAUGGGGAUUCGAGUAGUCUUUCUCCUCACUUUGGCCUCGCUCUAUUUUUCAGGGGCUCACUCAGCUACAUUUGCAAUCACAAACAACUGCCCAUUCAAAGUCUGGCCAGGAACCUUAACUGGCUCCGGCGGUCCUCAGUUAUCUCUAUUAACUGGUUUGGAGUUAGCAUCCGGUGCUUCAUCCUCUCUUAAUGUCCAUCCCCCAUGGUCUGGUCGGUUUUGGGCACGAUAUCAAUGUUCUAAGGACCACUUUGGAAAGUUUAGUUGCAGCAGUGGAGACUGUGGAUCAGGUCAAAUAGCAUGCAAUGGUGCUGGUGCAAUUCCACCAGCAUCCCUAGUGGAAUUCACAGUUGCAACAAAUGGUGGACGAGAUUUCUAUGAUGUUAGUCUUGUGGAUGGCUUUAAUUUGCCAAUCUCAGUAACCCCCCAUGGUGGAAAAGAAGGGUGUCAUACCACAAGCUGCAGAGCUAAUGUGAACACAGUUUGUCCUCUCGAGUUGGCUGUGAAAGCAUCAGAUGGUAGUGUAAUUGCUUGCAAGAGUGCAUGUUUGGCAUUCAAACAGCCACAAUACUGUUGUACAGGUGAUUUUGGUUCGCCAGAUACAUGCUCGCCAUCUAACUAUUCAAGGAUUUUCAAGGACCAAUGUCCACAAGCAUAUAGCUAUGCUUAUGAUGAUAAAUCUAGCACCUUUACUUGCACUGGUGGGGCAGACUAUGCCAUAACUUUCUGUCCUUAAUACAUAUAAUAAGUUAACAGCCGACCCCUUGGAAGAAAAAAAGUUGAAAAGCUUUAUAAACAAGGAUCCAAUAAGUCAAAAAGAAAUUCCGGCUGAUUGAUAAAUGUAUUGCUAUAAUUUCUUAUCAUGUUUUUCAGCUGUCAAAAACAUUUCUUGCAUAUAUGGCAACAAAUAAUUGUGUUAUUUGAAUAUGUAAUUAAUUAUUUAUGGG